AUGUCUCGAUAUCUCUGGGGCAUCGCUCAAAUCGUGAAUGACCCUUCGUCGGAAUUGAUAAAUAUUGUCAAAUCACGCUUAGCGAGUCAAAUACCAGAAAACAAUACAAGGGCUAACAAUAUAUCCCCAGAAGUUGUCAUAAAGGAGAACAAAAGCGUCCAAGUUUGCCUCUCGAAUCGAGAAGAAUUCGACAAAGAAAACCUAAAAAGGCCAAUCGAAGUGCAAUCAAAAGUCGUCCAAGCGAAUAGAUCACGCACGAAGCAAAGACAAAGUAUAUCGAGCCAAUGUAAAACUUUCACUAAUGGAUUACGCCUUAAAAGUACAAACACUCCAAAAAUUUCCUGUCUAGAUCGCGGUACCUCUACCAGUGAAUGCACUUCGACAGUGUUAACGAAAACUAACGCCAACACUGAACCGAUAAAGCAAAAGGUCUGCGAUCAGCACCGGCAAGUGUUGAAUGCAUUACAGACUUGGACGUACGCCGAUAAUGAAUCGGAUAAGUCGUACACUUCCAUUAAAAACUUGUGGAUGAAAAUCAAAAGCAAUCUAAGCAAACUGCAAAUAACGAAAAUCGAAGGCCUACCUGGGUACUAUGAAACCGAUACUCAUAGUAUCGUCGUGGUGUUGUACAAGCGAGUGAAUGUGAAAUGA